AUGGUGGCCAACGUGCCGAAGCUGUCCGUCAAGGACGUCCAAUCCCAGAAACGAUACACCGAAGUAAACGGACGGAAAUGGUACUACAUCGACUCCCCACCCAGCACCACCUCCCAAAAAGGCACCAUCGUCCUCGUCCACGGCUUCCCAGACAUCUCCUUCGGCUGGCGGUACCAAAUCCCCCUCCUGAACCGCCUCGGGUUCCGCACCAUAGCCCUCGACAGCAUGGGCUACAGCGACACAGGCUACAGCGACACAGGCACCUCCCCCAACCUCUCCCUCUUCGGCUUCAAAUCCCACGCCGAUGCCAUCGCCGGAAUCGCCAAAGCCAUCGGCGCGCAUAAAAUCAUCAUCGGCGGCCACGACUGGGGCGGUGCGGUGGUGUACCGCGUCGCGCAGUGGUAUCCCGACCUUGUGACGCAUGUGUUUACGGUUUGCACGCCUUAUACGCCGCCGGUGGACAGGUAUAUCUCCACCGAGCAGUUGUCGAAGACGACGUUGCCGCAGUUUGGCUACCAGCUGCAGUUUGGGAGUGAGGACGGGAAGAUCGAGAGGGUGGUGAAGGAUGAGAAGACGAUGCGGAAGUUUUUGUUGGGAAUGUAUGGCGGGAGGCCGAGUAGUGGGAAGAAGUUCAUGUCACCAAUCACGGGAAUCGAUCUCAAGCAGGUGGAGGAGGGCGAGUUCAAGAUGACGCCGUUGUUUGAUCAAGAAGAGUUCGAUUUUUACGUCCAGGAAUUCCUCAAAAACGGCAUCAGCGGACCGUGCAAUUGGUACCGCACCAGGAAAGUCAACUGGGAGGAAGAACUGUCUCUCCCGGCAGCCAGCAAAACAAUCGUCAAGCAGCCGACUCUGUACGUCCUCGCGACGAAAGAUGAAGUCCUCACUCGGAAGAUGAGCAAGCACAUGGAGAAGGCGGUGCCGAACUUGACCAGAGGUGAAGUUCCCGCGGGCCACUGGGCUCUAUGGCAGACGCCUGAGCAGGUGAAUGGGAUCUUGAAAGACUGGAUCCAAGGGGUGGUGUUGGGUGGGAAGAGUAAGCUGUAG